AUCGAUACUACGAUUGUAUAUUUCCGUCAUCCCUCGUUCUGUCAACGCCGCCGCCUGAUUACUCCAAAUUAAAAGUAUUAAAUUGCAACAAAACGCAGGAAAGUGCGCAAUGAGUGAACAAAAAACUAGUGGGUCGCCCCCAAUGGCGAUCGAUAAGGAUUUACGAGCCGCUCGUCAGAAGAUCGAGGCGGAAUACAACACCAUAAAGACUGCAUGGCAUCGCUACUACAAGGAAGUUAAUGAGAUGUGCGAUAGGUCGGCCAAAGAGCAACAGUUCAGCACCUCGGAAUCGGAGCGCCAACAGAACCGAGGCCUCAAUCGCUACAGGGACGUCAAUCCCUACGAUCAUUCUCGAAUUGUUCUAAAACGGGGCCCGGUGGACUACAUCAAUGCCAAUCUGGUCAAGUUGGAGCGUGCCAGUCGGCAGUAUAUCCUCACCCAGGGACCACUGGAAGACACAGUCGGCCAUUUCUGGCUGAUGAUUUGGGAACAAAAAUCCACCGCUAUUCUUAUGCUUAAUAAACUGAUGGAGAAGAAACAGGUCAAGUGCCACCUGUACUGGCCCACGGAAGUGGGAGCUGAGAAGGCUCUCAAGUUGCCCAACGUCAAGCUCACAGUGGAGUUGGUGCGCUGCGAGACGUACCAGAAUUUUGUGCGACGGUGGUUCAAACUAACCGAUCUCGAGACAAAGACCAGCCGCGAAGUGAUGCAGUUCCACUACACAACAUGGCCGGACUUUGGGAUUCCCAGCUCGCCGAAUGCAUUCCUCAAGUUCUUGCAACAGGUCCGGGAUUCAGGCUGCCUGAGCAGCGAGGUGGGGCCGGCUGUGGUGCACUGCAGCGCUGGUAUCGGACGAUCGGGUACCUUCUGUCUGGUGGACUGCUGCCUGGUGCUGAUAGACAAAUUCGCCGAGUGCGACAUUUCCAAAGUAUUAUGCGAGCUGCGCAGCUACCGAAUGGGACUGAUCCAGACCUCCGACCAGCUGGACUUCUCCUACCAGGCCAUCAUCGAGGGCAUCAAGAAGUUUCACGAUCCCACCUUUCUCGACUCUGAGGAACCGAUUCUCAGCAACGACAUCGAAUCACACACAGGAGACGAGCAGCCUCCGCCUUUGCCGCCUCGCAUUCAGUCUCUGCUGAACCUGCCACUGGCCCCCAAAUCCGAUGGCGUCUUGUCUCUAAAUAUGCGAGCCGCCCACGCCAACGGGGCCGAGACAGUGGACGAGCUAAUCGGCGACAAGCUGAGCAGCAAGGACGCCUUGAAUAAUUUCAUAAAUCAGCAUGAUAUGAUUCGCGACGCUGAGGUAGCCGAUAGCCUAGGCUCAUUGCCUCCGUUGCCCUCGAGAGCAGGUCUGGAUGAGUCGGACAGUGACGACGACUAUCUGCAUGAGGAUGACGAUGACGAUGAGGAUGACGACGAGAACGAUGACGAUAUCGACGAAGAGUAUGAGACCAUUAACGAGCACGAUGCCGAGCCUAUUGAUUCCCAUGUGCCCACGACGGCGACAACGACACAGCCACAUGCCGACGAUCUAAAUGCCAACAACGAGCCAGCCGCCCCAGCCGGCGAACAACACAAAAUCAAUGGAGUUGAUGUGGGACAGCACUCAGCCAGUCCCGAGAACGAGCUGAAGCGAAGAAAACGCACCGAAUACCAGGCUAGUUUGGAGCAGAAGGUGAACGACAUCAAAAGGAAGCAGCGGGAAAACGACGACAACCAGCUGGCGGCAAAGAAACGAAGGUCAUUACUCACAUAUAUUGCCGCUGGUGUUGUGGUGGGCGUGAUCUGCGCCUACGCAUACACGAAGCUAGGUUAAGUGCCCCACCCCCCCGUAUCCAAUAAGUAGUCGUAGACCAGUAGCAAUAGCUGUAUGACGUAUGUAGUUGCCGUAGUAGGAAAUCAAUUCCCCAAUCUCCGUUUUCAACUUCCGGCCAUCAAUCCCCGAUUCCCAGCAGUGCUUCUUGCAUCGGGCUGGCAUUUAAUGUGAGCACGAUUCACAUUGGAAGCACGAAUCGGAUCGGAUUGGAUGAUGGGAGAUCGCAAUAUAGAUUGCGGAUUGAGAUAAAACGAACACGAUACAAGAAGAUGGCAUAAAUAUUAGGGAAUUUUUUAUAAACAAAAAAACAAAGAAGAAAUAAAAAAAAAAAACGGAAAAUAAUAAAAAACACAAGCAAAACGAAAUAAGCAAAUAAAUUAAACGAUAACCGGGUAGAAAGAAAUCACGUCAAAAGUAGAUUUUGCGCAAUAGACUGACUUUUAGAACAAAUUUAUUUUCUACUCCCUAAAAUACUGGAUUAAUAACUGACCGAAACCGUGACCAAGACAGACCCCAGUUGUCUCCACACACCAAAACUCACACCUUUCAACUUAUUCGCUCGCUAUGCAAUAAAUUUGAUUAUAAAUUGUAUUUAAUGAGAGAUAAUCCAAACCCCCCACAAACUUUCCCCCCCACACGCUUCACUCGUUGUUGUACAGCAAUUUCUUAUAGCAUACGACCUAUUUUUAUUUAUUUAUGGAUGAAGAAUUAUGAGAAACCAACACUUGUUGUAGAAGCAUGGCAGAAAAUAUUAAAAAGUGCAGCAAUGUGCCAAAAAAAAAAAAAAUGAAUUACCUUA